GGUCUGUGGGGACAGGAAAAAGACCCACGUCGCUGACGGCUCAGGAGUCAGCCAGAUUAAAACUGCAUGAUGCACCCUCACCGCUCUCCGUUUGAUGCUUGCUGAACACCGCCCGCGUUGCGCCAUUUUGAAAGUGUAAUGUUGGGAGAGGCAGAGGCGAGGGAAAUCUCAAAGUAGAGUGCAAAGUCUAAAAUUCAGUACUAAGGAUUGUGGUUUACUUUCUUUAGUUGAAAACUAUUUCGUGCUGACUAUUAUAUCAACUGGACCGAGGACGUGCACGGUCUUCGGAGGUACUAGCAGCACUCCCAGAUUUAUUCCUCCACUGCUUCUCGGUCAGAACCACCCAGCCGACCCGGGUCAGCACUGCUCCAGUCCAGGGCCCGAGCCCGCUACAGAGAUACCCUCUGUCCGAGUCGCUCACCAUGGCAGGGGCCGGUGGUGGGAACAGUGAUGUGCAGUGGUGCUUUUCCCAAGUCAAAGGAGCGAUAGACGAUGAUGUCGCUGAAGCUGACAUCAUAUCGACCGUUGAAUUCAACCGCUCUGGGGAGCUGUUAGCCACUGGGGACAAGGGGGGUCGUGUUGUCAUCUUUCAGCAGGAGCCAGAGAGUAAGAAUCAGCCACAGUGUCGAGGAGAGUACAAUGUUUACAGCACCUUCCAGAGCCAUGAGCCUGAGUUUGACUACCUGAAAAGCCUUGAGAUCGAGGAGAAAAUCAACAAGAUUCGAUGGUUGCCUCAGCAGAACGCAGCACAGUUCCUUUUGUCUACAAAUGACAAAACCAUAAAGCUGUGGAAAAUUAGUGAGCGUGACAAGAGACCAGAGGGCUACAAUUUGAAGGAAGAAGAUGGGCGAUACAGAGAUCCCAAUACUGUCACAACACUACGGGUACCAGUAUUCAGGCCCAUGGACUUGAUGGUGGAAGCCAGCCCUAGACGAGUGUUUGCGAAUGCUCACACCUACCAUAUCAACUCCAUCUCUGUCAAUAGUGAUUGUGAGACAUACCUGUCUGCAGAUGACCUGCGCAUUAACCUGUGGAAUCUGGAGAUCACUGAUCGCAGCUUUAAUAUUGUUGACAUUAAGCCAGCCAAUAUGGAGGAGUUGACGGAGGUGAUCACAGCAGCGGAGUUCCACCCCAACCAAUGCAACACUUUUGUCUACAGCAGCAGCAAGGGCACCAUCCGCCUGUGUGACAUGAGGGCAUCAGCACUGUGUGACAAGCACGCCAAACUGUUUGAAGAGCCAGAGGAUCCAAACAAUCGUUCGUUCUUUUCUGAAAUCAUUUCAUCCAUCUCGGAUGUAAAGUUCAGCCACAGUGGACGCUACAUGAUGACCCGCGACUACUUGUCUGUCAAAAUCUGGGAUCUCAACAUGGAGACCCGGCCAGUAGAGACAUAUCAGGUGCAUGAAUAUCUCAGGAGUAAGUUGUGUUCACUCUAUGAGAAUGACUGCAUCUUCGACAAGUUUGAGUGCUGUUGGAAUGGGAACGACAGUGUUGUGAUGACCGGCUCCUACAACAACUUCUUCAGGAUGUUUGAUAGAGGCUAUCGGCAGGACGUAACCCUAGAGGCAUCACGGGAGAACAGCAAGCCACGAUCGGUCCUGAAACCUCGCAAAGUAAGCACAGGUGGGAAGCGCAAAAAGGAUGAGAUCAGUGUAGACAGUCUGGACUUUAACAAGAAGAUCCUCCACACUGCCUGGCAUCCUCUGGACAACAUCAUUGCUGUGGCCACCACCAACAAUCUGUACAUAUUCCAGGAAAAACUGAACUAGCAUUUGUUGAACCGCUCAGAUCCCAGUUCCCGCUUGAGCCCCACUGCUCUGAUACAUUCAUACAAAUAAUAUGUCUGUCUUUGGCUAAAACCCGAAGGCUUGAUAUGAUCUGCCCUCUUAUGAUUUUAGUAUUGAAUGUGACAAGACUUACUGUCAACAACAAACAGUGGCAUUAACACAGUGCAUCCACGCAGACCAUCACAACCACAUUUCCAUAUAUAUAUAUAUAUAUAUAUAUAUAUAUAUAAGAAUUAUAAACAUGUAUAUCUGAGUCCAGAAUUUGGGAUUUAGUUUCAUGUUUUUUUUUUCCAUUAGGAGCACUCCAUUUACAAAGCUACCGUAGCAACUCCACUACAUCCCAAACCAAAAGGAAAAUGUGUUACACAUAUUUGGCUAGUUGGUUUCCAUAUUAUUUUGUGCCAUUGUGACAUGAUUCAUUUGUAUGUCAUAGCUACCACUUGUUUAAGUUUUUGUAGCUACCAUGUUUUAUUAGUUUGAAUAGGACAUUUUUUCUACUGUUGAUACAUCUUUCUUUCACCAAGUUCCUUUUUGUACUGGCCUGAAACACUGCUAAUGCAAGUUGUCAACACUCCAUAUUUGCCCUAAGUAUUUGUCAAGUUGCCAAGUUCCUUCUUUCCUAAUGUACAGUACGGUUAUGCUGUUAAAAGGACUAUUCUAGUGUUAUAUCAUGUUUUAGUUCAUUCUCUACAAAUAAUGUUACUAACUUACUGUGUAAUUUCUAGUUAAUGGGCAAAAACAUUUAAAAACAAAACACCAGAGUCGUCCUUUAACAUGGACACAAGAAUGGCGUGCACACACAUUCGUCACGUAUUGUGGUUUAGGAGUUGAAUGGGGGCUAAUCAUGCCAAAGUAACCAGUCCUAUACACUCUAAGGUUAUAUUCCUUUAAAGCUGUCUUGCCCCUGGUCAGACUGGACAUGUGUGGGCCACCAUAUAACGCUCAGGACAAAAGCUUAUAUACGUGGAAGGCCAUAAUGGCGUGAUGUAGCUUAAUUCUCUCAUGGUCUGUGUCACAAAAACUUGAGUGCCGCUACCAGCUUCCCCACAAAGCCUGUUGUGUUGUUGCAGAUUGAUCAACCGCUUUACCCUCUGGAUUUGUAGAGGGAUUUUUUUUUGUGGGUUUUUUUUUUUUUUUUUUUUUUUUUUUUUUUUAAUGAUGUUUUGUACUGUACCUGAUGAUAAAAGAAGAAGAAUCACUAUAGCUGAUUUAUUUUUGUAUAAAUUAAGGCAAUAGGAUUACAGUCUGAUCACUGUAGUUUCUUUAGCUGUCUGUCUCAGACUGAUUGUAGAUGGCAGGUUGCCUGGUCAAGUCACCUUUUUGUCAUGACUUUGGGAUAUUUUGUUUAUUCUGGCGGGUAUUUCUUUAAACGAUAGAGACUUUUUGUGACAUCAAGGAAAUGUGUUUCUCAUGUGGGAUGUCCAAAGAAGUAUUUUCAGGUGUCAGUACCUCUGUAGUCUUAAGCACUAUAACAGGUUUUUUUUUUGUUUUUUUUUUUUUUAAUUUGGCUGACUGUAACUGCUGUUUAUGUAGAACUUUAUUCGGAUGCUUCUGAGUUAGAUUCAGGGUUCAUUUUGAUCUUAACGUUCUGUUUUUGUGCCAUGGUUUUGUUUAUGAUCAUUUUGCUCGCUGUGAAAGCAUAGGGCCUUGUGGGUCUAAAUGGGAAAGGCAUUUUUAUCAACAUGUGAUGUUAAAACUGUUAAUCAAGUUCUCUCUAAAGCUAGUCAAGUCAAUUGACUAGGCAGAGUUACUGAUUUUGAAUUAUUGUAUGAAAUGUCUUCUUCUGCAUCACAGGAGAAGACUGACUUGUUUAUUUAAAAAGGAGAAUUUGUGAAGCACUUGGUUUGCAGACGAUUGUUGUAUGGAAGCGGCCAUUAAUGAGUGUAUUGAAUAUGGGAAAAUACUUCAAAAAAUGAACUCUGCUGUUUCUCUGCUACACUUUUGCUUCAGUCACAUGCUGCCAAUUCUCUUCUGGAGCAAACAGGUUGAUUAUAGUACAGUUUUCCACUUCAUUGAUGUUACUUUUUGAUGACAGAUUAAGCCAUUGAAUCAGGGCAUGAAGCUUAUUGGUCCACUGGAUCAUAUUUAUGUAAGUUAAUGUGUCACUACCUACCUAGAGAACUGAUUUCUAAUCACUAGGAUGCCACCAAAAUAGCCACCCAUCUCCAUACGGUGGUGUUAAGCUACUGUUGAGUCUCAGGGCUCUGGGUAAUGUCCUUUUUAGUAAUGAGAUGCUUAUUUUGCAACCUUUUUUCAAAAACAACUUUUCUUUAUUGUCUAAUGCAAGAUUGUGUGAGGGUCAUUAGUUAUUUGCCUCAUGUCAUAUAUGUAUAAACAUGUAUAAUGUGACACCUUUUUCCCAUUCCACACCAAUCAACAAGGAGUGUUGUCCAUUCAAAAUAUGAGAUCAGUGAUCAGCCUUGUCCUGUCAUUCAUCCAAAGGAAGCAUUCACUCAAUAACUGUUCAAUAACUAUUGUUCCAACAAUCAGGAAGAUGUGAGAAAUGUUUGAAAAUGCAAAAAUCUGUAUAAAAAGAGUAUUAGAUCAGAAUUGAAAUGUUUUCUUUUUGAAAAUAUCUUGUGAGGUACCAUUGGCUUUUUAAAAAAUCCCGUCUUUGCAGACACAGCAGAGAUGGUCAUCACAGACUGUACGAGUGUCAGAGCAUUAUUAAAUUAAAAAAAAAAAACAGUUGCUCACAUUCAUAAAAAAAUAAACAACUAACCAAUAAUCUUUCACUCUUUCACUUUCCCCUCAUAUUGUCUUCAUAGCUUUUGUUCAAGGCUAUGGUGUAAACCACAAAGACAUUUAGAAGAACCCUUAUGCCUUUCUUAUAGCAUUAAAAAGAAAUAAGAUAAUCAAGUAUGUUUCUUGAACUUUCUGGCAUGCCAGACAGGAGACUGCUCAGGGGAAUUUACCGCUGCUCUGUGAUCAAAACCUUGUACCUUCAAAAAAAAAAGCAGCUUUUCAGGACUUUAUUAAAAACUACCUUAUUUACAGGUAGGUUUUUGAAAUUCAAGUUGCUAGAAUGGUUUUUGAACAUGAACCUUGGGUCAACAAAACUUGCCCUACAUACAAAGGAUCAUGAAAUCUCAAGGAAACUGUCUAAAAUGAAGUUAUAAGGUUUACCCACUUGAAGCAGCGUUAUAUACAUGUCUAAUGUAUCACAGGAGUUCAAACAAAAUGCACUUUUUAUUUUUGUGAAUUUCUUUAAUUUGUAUGAUUUUGUUUAUUUCUUUUAAGGGGCUCUUGAAUAAAGAUUGUAGGAGAGUUUUGGUGAUCUGUUUGGGGGGAAAAGAACUACAAAGGGUUCAUUGUACAGCAAUGUUUGUCUUUGUCAAAUGGAAUAAAGUACAAUUUAGAUGAAAAGUAAUAAAGAAUUUCAAACCUGAAUUCUGAAUAAAAUGACCAUACUACUUUAUGGUUUAUGUAUGGAAGAUAAUGUGCUGUAAAUGUAAAAUGAUCACAAAUAGAAGCUUUGUUAAGAUAUGAUUUUUGUUAUUGUAGAGCUACAAUUAAAUUGAAUUACAAAACUAA